UUUUGUGCUCGCGCAGUCCAAAUUGCCUCCUAAAUAGGUUGAUCCGUAUGACCUCGGAUGUGGAAACGAACAUUAUGACCGUGGAGCGUAUAAAGGAAUAUUGUGAAACCAAACAGCUGCCUGGGGAGUAACUUGUCGCGAGAUUUGCCGUGGAUGGUCGUGUGGAGUUUCAAGACUUCCAGACCCGUUACCGAGAAGGAUUGGACGUUGUACUUAAAGACAUUUCUUGCACUGUUGAUGGCGGACAGGAAGAAGGAAUCGUUGGUCGAGCCGGCACAGGUCCAUUUACCCCUGAGUGCGAUUGUCAUCGAUGGACAGAACAUUUCGCAACUUGGAAUGCACCCUCUGCGAUCGCGAUUAACCACCAUUCCCCAGGAAUCGGUUCUGUUCUUCAGAACGCUGUGUAUCAAUUUGGACCCGUUCAAUGUGCAUUCGGGUGUCGAUAUUUGGAAGGCACUUGAACACGCUCACUUGAAACUAUUUAUUUAUGAAAGGACUGGCUGCCGGUAUCAAUCGCGACGUGACGAAGGGUGGAAAAAUCUAUCGAUGGGACAGCGGCAGCUGCGUAAAACUAUGGUUCUAAUUUUGGACGAAGCUACCGCAGCAGUGGAUUUGGAAACUGACGAUCUCAUUAAGAAAACUAUUUGUAGGGUAUUCACAUCGUCUGAAUACCAUCAUGGAUUCGGACAAAGGACACAGAUCACGGAUACGCCGCACCGAAUGACCUGCUACAAGACAAGCAAUCAUCGCACAUCUGUAUUUCUUACAAAUUACGCUGAUUUCACAAUGCACUACGAAGUCAAACGAUAUAUUGACUUGUGUCAAUUCAGCGACAGUUAGAGCUACGUUCACAGCAGUUAAAUGAGUUCGGAAAAAAUCUUCACUGAUCAGUUCUGGCCAGGAAUCCGUAAUGGUGUCCAAGAAUGCAGAAAAAAGAACAAAGAAAAGAGCGAUUGUCAAGGUAUGUUACCACAUGCCGGACCACAUGCCCUUGCAGCCACCGUUGGACAAGAAUCACCGGGUUCACAGAAGGUAAAUUAAAUCAAGCAAAUAUCCUUAUCCUUAUCCAGAAAAAAACAAAU